GAUGGACAGAACCUUGGAGUCUCUGCAACAUAUAGUCGCCCAAGUUCUUCCUCACAGAGACCCUGCCCUGGUAUUUAAAGAUUUGAAUGUUGUCGCAAUAUUGCAGGAGUUCUGGGAGAGCAAGCAGAAGCAGAAGGCCGUAUUUCCGAGCGAAGGCACUGUGGUGUACGAGUCGCUGAGCUCCCUGGGCCCCCCGUUCGUGAGUUACGUCACCUUGCCAGGGGGGAGCUGUUUUGGUAACUUUCAGAGCUGCUUAAGCAGAGCAGAAGCAAGGCGAGAUGCUGCAAAAGUGGCUUUGAUCAAUUCUCUCUUCAAUGAAUUGCCUUGUCGCAGGAUCACAAAGGAAUUCAUCAUGGAAAGUGUUCGGGAGGCUGUUUCCUCAACCAGCGGUAACUUAAAGGAUGCUGAUGACCCAAGCACUAGUAUUGGAGCCUAUCACUACAUGCUGGAGUCAAACAUUGGAAAGACAAUGCUGGAAUUUCAGGAGCUGAUGAUCAUCUUUCAGCUUUUGCAUUGGAAUGGUAGCCUUAAAGCCCUACGUGAAACAAAGUGCUCCCGGCAGGAAGUAAUUUCCUACUACUCCCAGCAUUCCUUAGAUGAAAGGAUGAGAAGUCACAUGGCCUUGGACUGGAUUAUGAAGGAGCAAGAAUCUCCGGGAAUUAUUUCUCAAGAGCUGCAAGUGGCGCUUAGAGAACUGGAGGAAGCCAGGAAAGCUGGGCAGGAGUUGAGGUUUUACAAAGAAAAGAAAGAAAUACUGAGCUUAGCACUGAGUCAGAUCUACAGUGAUCAAGUUGCCUCUUCCUCACAGGAUGAUCAAAUGAGCUUGGCCCUGCAUGGCUACCACUAACCUUGAAGAAGGUGUUUGAUGUUGAACAAUAACACGCAUACUCUUCUCUGUUGAAAAGGCCACAUGCAUAAAUUGGUAACAUUCUUUUCACUGGCUUUUUAAAUUUCUGUAUCUAGAAGCAUUGGCAUCUUUUUUUUAAUUUUCAUUUUGACAGACAGAAACACUACAGGUCAAUGAAGUAUUGAUACUGUGCUAUACAUAAACCAGAAAGGGAAACAAACUGCAGAAACCUUUCAUGGUACUUUGGAGAUUGAGGUGUUGUUCUGCACAAAGACUGUCUACAUUUUCCUCAACAAAGAUGUAAAAGCUAUGAUCAGAAAUCUAGAGUGUUAGCAGUAAAACACAAAAAGAAUUCUGGUUUAGGCACUGGUGCCUGUUUACUCCCAAACUCCUCCGCAGUACCUACGCUUCCUCCUGGCCGUGCUAGCAGGUGCUAUGGCUGAAGUUCAUUUAGUCUAUUUAUUCAAGGGCAGGAAUACCCUUCCAAGCAAAAGAGCUGCACCAUACAACUAAUGCCCCAGAUUUCACCUGUUUCAGUCUCUGUUGAAAUCAAACAAGACACCGCAAAGUUGUAAGAGCAUAAAUUAUUAAAAUUAUUAGGUUGACCAUGUUCUGCCUAGUACAAAUAACAGAUGCUGUGUGAUAAUAGUUUUGUUAUGACUUCGGAAAAUUGCCAUGCUCUGAUUCUGCUGCCAAGUAAGGUCUUUCACCAGGAAAGGUUUCUCUUUUUCUUCCCUUUCAGAGAAUAGUGGUUCACACACACUGAAACAAAUAGCUACUGAGCUUUAAGAUCUUCCCUUCCCCCAUGCUGUCAGCCCAGUUCUUCUGCUAGAAGUUACCACCCCAGGAGCAGAGUCAGCAGCAUGUGUCUGCAUGAGGCACACACACAUACUUGUCAGCCUGUUAUUUUAGCUGCUGAUAAAGGCAAAAAUGUGCUAAGAUGCCAGACAAUGAACGUCAACACAUUUAUUCCUGAUUUUUCUGCUCUACAGUAGCUUCUGCAAGGAGAAUGGAUACCGGGCAGGGCUGUAGUUUAAAUCAUCUCAGUGACCCCAGUAGUAACUCCUAACAUCAUUUAAAUAUACUUUAAACAUUAUGUAUUUCAACAUAAAAGAGACAUACUUCAGAUGGAGGAGGAGGAGGUGGGAAAAGUUCAUUUUAGUCUCUAGUACAAGUAUGGACCCAGCUAUGUCACUAUUCCAAAAUAAAAAAGACAUAGGAACUGGUCAGCAAGAAUGAUCCCACUGCAAAACCAUUCACACCACUGGUAAUUGCAGCCCACUGCUGUGGGUCACAAUCUCACUGCAGAGAGAAACAGCUGGCAUCCUGUAAAGGUACUUGAGCUCUCUGAUGAGGGAUGUGUGAUGCUUGGCCAGGGCUCAUGCCCAGCAUAGAGGGAGCCGUCACGCUUAGAGCCCACCUACAGUAAGCACAGCUGGAAAAAAAGAAAAAGAAAAAGAAAAAGAAAAAGAAAAAGAAAAAGAAAAAGAAAAAGAAAAAGAAAAAGAAAAAGAAAAAGAAAAAGAAAAAGAAAAAGAAAAAGAAAAAGAAAAAGAAAAAGGCAGAGGAAGUGCACAGUUUUGGAAACUUUUGGAGGUUUAUUUCUGAAGGAGCUACUUCACUUGGCAGAGAAACAACCACUAUUCUAGAGUACUAGAAUAACGUGGAUUGCUUUGAUUUUUUUUUUUUUUUUUGUUCUUCAGAUGCAGAAAUAAACAGUCUUACCACAAUGGACUGACUGAUAAUUAUUUCAGCGUUCAAACUUAACUUUUCCUAUUAGCUACUUCAACUCAAUGGAUUUAUACAGGAAUCAAGACUUAAAAGCACAGACAAAAGCAGAGGCCAAAU